GGGGGAAGUGACAGAGAGCCUGAAGGGAAAUACAGUCAUGUGACCGGGAUCACAUGUUCUGUAGAGGGGGGAGAGGAGGAGAGAGAGGCCGUGCACAGAAGACGCUAGACAAGCAGGGGAGCUUCGUUUCUGCAAAAGGGAUCUGCUAUUCAUUAGCAGUCAUAUCUUAUUACCAGGACUUGAUCUAAACAAAGUAAAAAGCGCAAGACCUUCACGCAGUUUAACCACCCACCUUUAAAAAAAUGGUGAAUGUCCUUAAAGGAGUCCUUGUGGAAUGCGAUCCAGCAAUGAAACAGUUCCUCCUGUACUUGGACGAGACCAAUGCCUUAGGAAAGAAGUUCAUUAUCCAAGACCUGGAUGACACCCAUGUUUUUAUCUUGGCUGAAGUAGUUGCUAUACUGCAGGAGAAAGUUGGAGAGCUGAUGGACCAGAACUCUUUUCCAGUCACACAGAAAUAAGGACACUAAGAUUAAUAAUAUAUUGAAGGUUUUGGCACAGACUUCUCCAGAUAUGGAGUUUAUCAAGAAUCUUGUACAGUCACAUUUAUUAUUAUUUGAUAAUUUUGUACCAUGUUACAAAAAGCUAUAAAAAGUUGUCAUGUUCAGUAAUAUCCCAUUAUCUUUUGGCUACAAAUAAAAAUUUUUUUGAUAUGUC